CUGCUGCGCAGGUCCACCUUCCCGGGCAGCGGUGCCUACGCGGCAAAAUGGACGGGCGACAACAACGCCUCCUGGUCCGACCUACAGUGGUCCAUUCCUGGCCUCGCUGCCGCUGGCAUGGUUGGCAUCCCCAUGGUCGGCGCCGACAUCUGUGGCUUCUCCUCAAACACAACCGAGGAGCUCUGCGGGCGGUGGAUCGAGCUUGGUGCCUUCUACCCCUUUGCCAGAGAUCAUUCAGAGAUCGGCACCAGCUAUCAGGUGGGUGGGGAAUGA